GGGGGGGGGGCUCAAGCGAGACACGCAGCGGACAGCGUCAUUAUUCUGACCGACAGACCAUUGUGACAAGUCGUGAGUUGUUAGGAAAUAACUCCGGCGCCGCGCCACAGAUUCGCCAUGCCGGGCACCGUAAAGGCAUGCAGCAGCAGCAUGGUGAUUGUACGGUUGUGGUUCGCGUGCAUGCUGGCCCAGUCGACGACCCCUCCCGAAAGGUUCUCCUCGGCCGACCGAUGCACCUUUCCUGCCAGAUUGUUCGACGUACAUUCCGAUCAAGUGACGGCCGUUGCAUGGUCGAUAGGACCAUUGUUCCAUGCUGUUGGAACCCCAUCGCACCAGAAAGUUUGUCAUAUUUUCCCCUUGCGAUUCGACUUGCAGAAAAUCAUCAUCCGUCGUAACUCAUGCGAGAUUGAGAGGCCUCGGGGAAGGCGAACCCCUUUCGCGGUAACAAUGCCUUUCGUAGUAAUAAGUCGGAGGGGGCAGGAAAUGGACUCUCUUGACCGACCCGCCCAGUCGAGCGCUUUGACUCCUUAUUUCGGGCGCGGCAUGAGUCUUUUUGAUCAGUCAGUCUCGUCCGCAAGCUGUCGGUUUUACGUCGAAGAUAGAGAGUUCCUGCGAACCCCUGGCACGCCGCUACCAGACUCAAUCCAACGUGUUGAUAUCCAAAGGCCAAGGGUGGAGUGCCCGAUGCUGGUUCCAACGAGAGCCGGAGCUUGCCCGUAUGGUCAAAGGAGGAGAAACCCCUUUGUGAUGGCAGACCUUCAGUCUCGUACAAUGGCAUCUGCAAGCGAUAGGUCCAACUUAAUCUUCAUUGGGAAGCGCCCUGGAGUAAUCCCAGGCUUCGCAGCAUUAUCGAUAAGUCGGCAGUUGCCAUUCAAAAUGACAUGACCGAGCAUUCAUGC